AUGGACACAUUGGAUGGAGGAUGGACGGCCAUUCAAAAACGAGUCGAUGGAUCCGUCAGCUUUGACAGGAAUUGGGCAGAAUAUAAGAAUGGUUUUGGUGAACCGGAACAGGAAGUAUGGAUAGGGAAUGACGUAAUCCAUCAGUUGACAAAGGGAAAUAGCUCCUCCCUGUAUGUUUCCAUCACACUAGAGAAUGGUACAACACUGUACGAGUUGUACGAACAGUUUUCUGUUUCGGAUGAAGCAGAGAAAUAUAAACUUUUUCUGGCGGGAAAUGCUACAGGAACCUUAGGAGAUAGGAUGUUAAAUACUGGGGAAGCUGCCCGUGAUCUGUCAGGGAUGCCCUUCAGUGCCCCGGACACAGAUAACGACAACAGUGGAGGGAGCUGUGCUGCCGACCUGAGCGGGGGCUGGUGGUUUAACAACUGUCACUCCGCGUACCUUAACGGUCCCUGGGCCCCGGCGUACUGGGGGUAUCCCUGGUACCCCACGGUUGAUUAUGGAACGUCUAUAAGAGGAACAAUGAUGCUUAUCAAACAUCACUAG